AUUUGGUAUUUAAAUUAAGGCUCGUAAAAAAAAAAAUAACAGACUGGACUUCCUGAGAUAUUACAAGAAAGUAACGACAGAAAGCUCCACCAAUUAGAGGCGGGGAUGCCGGUCAGGUGACUAAUUCUUCGCCGCCAUCAUUGUUAGUGGCAGUGAAGCUUGUGUGGAGGGUGACAAGAAGCACAAGCGGAGCUUCGUGGAGUUCUGGUCCGGCUGUGAGUGAGUGUUGUCCGGAUAUUCAGCCAUGGUUCAGACGUGCUCAGCGUACGGCUGUAAGAACCGCUACCACAAAGACAAAGACAUUUCAUUCCACAAGUUUCCUCUGGCGCGUCCAGAUAUCUGCUGUAAAUGGGUGGCUGCGAUGAGGAGAAACAACUUCAAGCCAACAAAGUACAGCAACAUCUGCUCCCAGCACUUCACCGAAGACUCCUUCAAGAGGGAGUGCAACAACCGUGUGCUGAAGGAGAGCGCUGUGCCGUCGCUGUUCACCUUCAACCUCAGCAUCAAGGUGACCUGACUAAGCAGUCAGAGUCCCUGGAGGAUCCCUUCCCCUCUGAGAACCUCUUCCCGCUUUCUCUGCCUCUGACCUCUGAACCAGCGGAGGAGGAGGAGCCUGAGAGUAACCCGCUCGACACCUGCAGCGACACGAUGACAACGACCACAACGACGACGGCGGUCUCCUGCGACCACAACUACACGGUAGAGGACUCUGCGCAGCAGAAGAGGCGCAUUGAGCUGCUGGAGGAGCAGGUGGAACAUCUGAGGAAGAAGCUGAAGACGACGCAGCAGAAGUGUCGGCGGCAGGAGAGGCAGCUCAAGAGGCUGAAGGCCGCCCGGGAGGCAUCACCCAGGAUGCCCCGUCAGUCGGCGCCGGAGCCGGGCUUCAGUGAGGGAUACGUGAUUUUGCCGAAACACAUCUACCACAGUUUGAAAGGCAUCGAAGCUCGGGCUGCACUUAAAUGACUUCUUAAAGCUUUCGGUUUGGUUUCAAGAGCCAACAGCUCUUCAUACUUGACGCACACAGACUGAUGGUUCUUGUCACUGUGAGGAAAACAAAGCACAGUUAUGCCCCCUCUCCCAAAAAAAUAAAAAAAGAAAACUGUUGAACUAUUCCUUUAAAGAGAACUGUUCUUCCUGCUUUUUAUGUUCUGUCACAUAUACGAGGUGUUACCACAUAAGCUGAGGUGUGAUCGUCAUCUCUGGAUUUUCUUGACUGAUUUCGUUGUGCCCUGCCGGAGCAAACAACAGCUUCUGUUUUACACUGAGCUGAAUUUCUCUAGGAGGAUCAUCCCAGUGAGGAGAGCUGGGUCUGCAGCCACAACUGAGCAGUUUUCAUCUGAAGAGCCCACGGUGUCGAAGCUCAAAGGUGAGAGCCGAGGCCGUUAUGAACCAUGAUGUUCGGAGGCAUCUGAGGUAGAUCGUUAGAAGAAUCGAUCUGAGCCUUUAGGCUUUGAGUUUUGCAAAUUAAAGAGAAAAAAAGCUGGUAAACCUGAGAAGAAAUAACAAAUUUAUAAGAGUAAGAAAUGGUAAAUUUAUGAGAAAAAAUUGACAAAUUCAUCAGGAAAAUAAACACUUUUUUUCUACUCUUUGAUUUGUAUGGUGUCAUAGAUGAUAUCCUGCUAUGGUCAUGUUGGGCACAGAAGCCAAUACCCAGCUAAUCAGAAAGAAAGACUGCUCAAACUCAGAGAGGCUAAAACGCCUCGUUUCAGACAGGAUGAACUGAAAACCCGGUAUCAAAAAAAGAGAGAUUAUUUUGAACUGUGACUCAUGCAAAGCUGCUCUGAGAGUUUAUGAAUUAAAAACACGAUGCUGGAAAUGUGCAGGAUAGAUCCCCAUUAAACAGUCUGCUGUUUAAUAUGGAAAUAAAAUUUGACAGUAUGAAAUGAA